AUGGUUGGUCAAGCUCGUCAGGCUGCUCAGGCUGCUCAGAUACAGCGUAUAUAUUACGAUACUAGAGGGGAUCUUCUACCACCAAACAAACGACAGGAAUACACCCAAAACCUCACCGACCUAGCAAAAAAAUACACCCACCCCCUCGGCAAAACCGGAGCAGCAGACCAUCGAAUCCUCUUCAACACCGGCAAAAGCGGCAUAACACCAAUCUCCUCCCCACCACCAUGCCUCAUCGAAACAGACCAACAAAAACUCUCACGAAACCAGCUAAAAGCCUACCAGAAAACGCGAUUCCGUGGAUUCACAACCGCCGAGCUCAAGGAAUUGAAUGCUUUGGAGCCGCUGGAUUUCGAGACACAUAAGAAUGAGUUGACGAAUAUUGAUAUCCAUCCUGCGUUCCGGAGGAAGAGAUGGCUUACUGAGAAGGAUUUGCCGAAGCAUCUUGGUGUGCCACCUAUUUUGGGUGGUUUAGAUGGACUAUGGGAGGUUACGAAUCCAGUCGUUUGGGCAGUGGUAAAACCUUGCUUGCAGAUGGCAAGUAUGAUGCUUAUGAACGAAUAUGAAUACGGCUGGUUAGACGCCCUAUUCCGCGGUCGACUGGAGAAGUUCGCAAAAGAUAAAGGGAAGCAGCUUCUACGCCUGCACCCACGAACUGGACUUGAGAUGCGCACCGACUCAGCCGCCGACGAGAUCCAGAAGUUUUUCGAGAGAAAGAUUAGCAAGAAGAUUGAUCUCAGGAUCGAUAGUGGAUAUUCGGUGAUGACGGGGAUGCCAAUCGUCACUAAUCCGCUAUCGGGCGUCACUUAUGAACGGCCUUUGGACCCUGGUAUUCAUGUCUCCUUGAGUCUUGAGAUGUUUGAGCCGCUGCUGCGGACGGAUUUGACGGAUGCUGAGAGGCUUGGAAAUACUUGGAAUGUCGCAAAGACGUUGGUACAUGAAAUGGCGCAUGCGACUUGGAGAGCACUUAAACGCUACAAACCACCAUACGCAGAACCCUAUUUCGACGAUCAAGCAUUAUCAGAACUAGGCUUCUCUUUUAUAAACGAUAUAUGCGGCGGCGAACCCGCUCGAAUGCUCCGGAGACCCUACUGGUCAGGAGGCCCCGGAGUUCCGCAACUGGGAAUAUGGAGCAAUUACUGGUUCAACAGCACAAAUGCAGGCUACACAACCUCGGCCGGUGCUCCGCCCCAAAACAAGCCUGUGGAACCAGACGAGAUCGAUCCGUUCUACACCCGCGACGACUGGGUUGUUCCUACAUCUUGGCACUGCAACAUGUUCUUGAACAACUGGUGGAAUGUAGGCGUGGUGAAAUUCUCUAGAGAGUUCACUCACAUGGGUCCGUUACAACACGGCUAUAGGAAGAUCGACAAGAGGGCUAUAGAAGCAGGGAAUAUAGAACCUCGGAAAAUUCGUGUUGGAGAGGGCGAUGGCACUGGAUUACUGUAUUCCGAAGGCCCCGGAGAUCGAAUUGUCAUCAGCGAUAAACUCAGCAUAGCGAACCGGAAGGCAAUAUACGCGGAGCAAAAGAGAAUGGUUGAGGCAGGGAAAAUACUUUUUGCGUUGACGAAGAACCCUGGAUAUGUUGGCGCCCCGAAUGAUAAUACCGAUAAUGGCGAGAGGCCACCGAGAAUUCAAUAUCAAUGCCGGAGGUGGGAUGAGAUUGUCGCAUAUUUGUUCGCGAAUAGAGGACCAAAGGAGCUGGCUCUUGAUACGAUGACACUGCUCUCUGAACCUCAAUUUUAUCGCUACAUCAGAGGCCGUGGUGGGAUCAAUCUCACUGGUCUAGAAUUCAGAGAGUUUCUUGCCGUGGCAAAUGAGCGAGGGAUAUUGUUUGUAUGGGAAGCACAUCCCGGCCGCGGCCUCGUCAUACGCCGCAAAGAAGGCUGGCCGCCAGCUCAAGACUAUCCUCUAGAGGAGAUCGAUCAGCCAAGUGACGAGGCUGUUGAGCUAGACACCUUGCUCUCCGAUGAAGGAACCGCAGGUGUUCCCGCAAAGGCAGCGAUCCCAGCGAAACCGGCAGAGAACGGAGCUCCAGCAGUGCCAUCUGUUCCUGCAACACCGGCAGUGAAAGCAGUGCUUGGGACCCAGGGGAAGAUCUUUCGGGAUUUUGGGGUUAAUAGAGAUGUGGACGUGAAGAUCUUUUGGGAGUUUCUUUACAAAGAAGAUCCAACUACCUGGGAUAUUCCUCUAGAUCGGCUGAUAGAAGUCGUCGACGAGUCCAUUAACCUUGGAAGCAUGUACAUCACACACGGUCCAGAAGGCAUUGUUAGAUUCAUUUACGAUGUCCCGGAUCAUGUAUGGGAAGCUGCGACCCCAUUUGCGAAAACUAGGGUGGCGGAUAUGAAGAAAAGAGCGGGAUUAUAGAAUUAGGAAUUGGAUUGGUAGAAAGGCUUUCACGCGAGACGAGUAGUCAAUAUGUAAAAUAUUCCAUAGACCAUAAUGUACAUACUCCACAAAGAUACUCGCUAAUACGCAGAC